AUAUUCGUUUUAUUAUAAGGCAAGUGGUAUUCGUUUAUCGAAUCUGUAAGUACAGAUUGUACAAAAAUUAUAUUGUGCUCUUAAGCUGAAUCAAUUGUACCUGACACUGUCAACUCAUAAAAGGAAAAAAAUAUAUUCUGAAAGUACAGACGUAUUAGAUCUUUGCUAUUCAUUGUGGACAAAAAGAUACAAUUAUGAAUGAAAAAUGCUCAGUUGCUCAAACAUGCAUUACAAUAGCAAUAUCUGUUUUGGAUGGGCAUAAGAGUUUGCAAUGGAUAUCUAAAAAGGACAAAUGCUUUUCAAAUGCAGAUUGAUAUAUAAAUGGAUUCAUGAAGCUCAGCUACUGAUAGCCCACAAAAGUAAAGCAAAUCACCUAGUACACUCUUACCGAUAAAGACCAACGAUAAUGGGGGUCCUCGCGUCCCGGAGUAUGUUGGAGAGAACAGAUACCACCAUGGAUACUAAUUGGCCGCUGGCAAUGAACCUUUCACGAAUUGCAACAGUGGCCCCUCAGCUUAAAACCUACACUCUCAAGAUGCUCGACGCGGGCAUGACUCUAGUCAACAAUGCAUCAGCCUCCACUACUUUUAAUUCAACCACACCAGCUCCGGGCUCGAUGGCACUUAGUUCAACCGCAACCAUAUUAAUGGAUCUGGGUACAAACGCUUCAGUAUUGGGGGUGCCACCGAUGGCCGAGCAGGUGCCGGAGCAUAUGAUGGAUCAUGCACCGCAGCUGUCUAGCUCUGGCCUGCUGAAAGUGUAUGUCCUGGCGAUAAUGGCCGUGUUCUCUUUACUAGGGAAUCUGCUCACGAUAUGGAAUAUAUACAAGACACGAAUCUCACGGCGCAACUCACGUCACACCUGGAGUGCCAUCUACUCGUUGAUGUUCCACCUGUCUAUAGCUGAUGUGCUGGUCACUGGCUUUUGUCUCAUCGGCGAGGCAGCUUGGUGCUAUACGGUGCAAUGGCUAGCGAAUGAGCUGACAUGCAAGCUAGUCAAGCUCUUCCAGAUGUUUAGCCUCUAUCUCUCCACCUAUGUGCUUGUCCUGAUCGGCGUUGACCGCUGGAUAGCCGUUAAGUACCCCAUGAAAUCCCUCAACAUGGCCAAGCGAUGUCACCGACUUCUCGGCGGCACUUACAUUCUGUCGCUUGUGCUCAGUCUGCCCCAGUUCUUCAUAUUCCAUGUGGCAAGAGGUCCUUUUGUUGAGGAGUUUUAUCAGUGUGUGACGCACGGAUUUUACACCGCCGACUGGCAGGAACAGAUGUACGCAACCUUCACACUAGUCUUCACGUUCCUGCUGCCACUGUGCAUACUUUUCGGCACCUAUAUGUCAACAUUUCGAACUAUCUCAAGCAGCGAAAAAAUGUUUCAGGGCUCUAAACUGGUUAACUAUUCGACGACAAAGCAACUGCCCACACAGACGAAUCGCCAGCGUCUAAUACAUAAGGCCAAGAUGAAAUCGUUACGCAUAUCAGUGGUGAUCAUUAUCGCAUUCCUCAUCUGCUGGACUCCCUACUAUGUCAUGAUGAUAAUCUUCAUGUUCUGGAAUCCAGACAAAAGGCUGGGCGACGAUUUGCAGGACGCCAUCUUCUUCUUCGGUAUGUCCAACAGCCUCGUCAACCCGCUCAUCUACGGCGCCUUUCACCUAUGUCCUGGAAAGGGCAACAAAUCCGGCGCCGGUGGUGGCAACAAUAACGCAUACAGUCUAAAUAGAGGCGAUUCACAGCGCACUCCUUCAAUGCUAACGGCUGUGACACAGGUGGAUGGAGCCGGAGGUAGUUCAAGGCAAAUGCGAACAUUUCGGCAGCAAAGUUGCUACCGCAACUCAAUCAACGGCACCGGAGUGUCUUCGUUCAAGGAGCAAGUCGGCCUCCUGCAGGUGGGCAGUUCCAUUGGCAGCACUGUCACGCCUCACCUGCUGAGAAAGAGCUCAUCGGUGCGCAGCCCACAUCCUAACCACAAUGCCGCGAUUGCUACCAGACACUUGAACUGCACGCGGGAGCAAGAGCAUUUGCUGCUACAGACACCACCGUCCACAGUGGUACUUAGCUACGACAGUCAACGCGGCGGGGUAGGCGUGGGUGUGACCAAUGGUAUGAAAAUUAAGUUGGGUGCGGGUCAUCUAGAGGACGACAACAAGCGCGUGUCGAGCGUGUGAGCAGAGCUGGCGGCAAUGGUGACGGUUGAGGCUAGGGUUGGCGCUGCCACAGACGGGGCGGAAGAAGAAUGUUCCUGUUGCCAUUGCCUGAGCCAGGAGCUAACGCGUCGACAUCAAGUACUUCUAGAGCUUCCACAACAGCAUAAUUAAGAUUUUUCCCAUAGAGUGAACAAUUCUUUCGGUUCUUCCAAAGCUCGUGAGGUUGUUGUCAAUUGCGGAUAAGAUAAAGGGUGCGCGGUUCUGAUGAUCAGAUCAUUGGGCCGAUAAACCAAUAAUUAGUAUAACUAAUUGAGAACCAAGUCUUAGAACACUGUUCGUGUGCAUAGUAGUAAUUGUAGCUGUAGUCCUUAGUGGAAUGUGAAUAAGCAAAUAAGGCAUUCAUACAUAAGUAACUUCAGUUGCAGUUGUCUGUCUCAAUUGUUUUCUUCAGUUUAUUAUUGUACUUAAUUAUAGUGAACCCUGGCUUAUCAAAUACCUUAUUUAACGGAAAUUUCGGAUAACGAACAAUAUUUUUAAGGCAAAACUAAUUUGGUUCUUUAUGCUUUUUGUUUUACUUAGUGCAGAGCCAACAUUUUAAUAAAAAUUACAAUUAAAUAUCAAUUUGGUUAACGUUUCGUGGUUCAGUUUGAUUUCGAUAGGGAAGUUCGUUCGAAUUACUGAGGGUCGCCUGUAUUUCAGUACUUACAUUGAGAAUAAGCAAAUGUUAUAAAUACAUACAUAUGUAAGUGUAGAUUAGAAUUAUCGAUUGUGGAGAUAGCUUGAAUCCAGCUAGCAUAUUUUUGUUGAUUCGAAAUUACCGAACCCUUAUUUACAUAUCAACAUGGAAGCUGUUCAGGUUUAAGAUUAUAUAUUGUAUUUUAAAUUUUAUAUAAGCCUUUCAACUGCGCACGCACACCCUCACACAACGUGUACAGGAAAACAAUCUCGUUUAAUUCAAGCGUUUUGUACAUGCCCACGGAUAAUUUUUUUAAACUUUCAUUUAUAUACUUGUACAUAUAUAUGUAUAUAUUUUGUACAUACACACA